GCGGAGGAGGAGCGGCCGCCACAGGACGCCUGGCUCGGCCCAGUCACCGGAUCGGGGCUUCUCGCCUUUAACGGCCGGCCUGUUGCUCCGAGCCCGCGGCGGCGGGGGCGCCGGCGGCGGCGGCGGGCGGCAUGCGCGUGUGAGAUGUGGCCGCGGGCAGCCCGGACGCGAGCAGCUGCCGCCGCGGUAGCAGAGAAGUGGGGCGCGGCCUCCUCAGCGCGGGGCGCGCAGUGCAUGAGGGCGAGCACGCGGGCGCUGGGCAGCCGCCGGCCACGCCGCCUUCAUAAACACUUGUUUAGGACUCGUUCGCCCCGCUGAGGCCCCGGCGCCCCGCCAUGGAGGCCCCGCCCGACCCCGGGCCCCACGCCUCGGCCUCGGCUUCGGCCGCGGCGCCGCUGCGCGCCCCAGAGGUGGCGCGGCUCCGCGAGGAGCAGGAAAAGGUGGUCACUAACUGCCAAGAGAAAAUCCAGCAUUGGAAGAAAGUAGAUAAUGACUAUAAUGCCCUUGAAGAAAGACUCAGUACCUUGCCUGAUAAGUUGUCUUAUAAUAUCAUGGUACCAUUUGGCCCCUUUGCCUUCAUGCCAGGAAAACUUGUCCAUACUAAUGAAGUCACUGUUUUACUUGGGGACAAUUGGUUUGCAAAAUGUUCAGCAAAGCAGGCUGUGGGCUUAGUUGAGCACCGGAAAGAACAUGUAAGAAAAACAAUAGAUGAUUUAAAAAAAGUGAUGAAAAAUUUUGAAUCCAGAGUUGAAUUCACAGAAGAUUUGCAGAAAAUGAGUGAUGCUGCAGGUGAUAUUGUUGACAUAAGAGAAGAAAUUAAAACUGACUUUGAAUUUAAAGCAAAACACCGAAUUGCUCAUAAACCUCACUCCAAACCAAAAACUUCAGGUAUUUUUGAAGCAGAAUUCUCAAAUGAUCUAAAAUCCAAGGAUCUGCUUGCUGAUAAGGAGCUGUGGGAUCGACUUGAAGAAUUAGAGAGACAAGAAGAAUUGCUGGGUGAAAUUGAUAUUGAUAGUAAGCCUGAUACUUUGAUUGCAAAUGGAGAAGAUACGUCCUCUGAAGAGGAAAAGGAAGAUCAGAACAUAAAUGUGAAUAUGAUGAAUCAAGUAAUGGACUCUCUCACUCCCAGCAAUUGUUAUCAGAAUGUUACAAAUUCAGAACUGUUCAAUGGUCAAGUGAAUAGUCAAUGGAACUGUUCAAUUAAUGGUUCAAAUUCUUAUCACAAUAAUGAAGAUGAAGAAGAAGAUGAUGAUGAUGGUGGUGGUAAUGAAAAUGACCAUGAUACCUUAGGGGCUGAAGAUAAUUCUAUACCAACAAUAUAUUUUUCUCAUACUGUCGAACCUAAGAGGGUACGAAUAAAUACUGGAAAAAAUACCACUUUAAAAUUCAGUGAAAAGAAAGAAGAAGCCAAACGUAAGCGAAAGAACAGCUCUGGCAGUGGUCAUUCUCCCCAAGAGCUGCCUAUGAUCAGGACUCCUGCUGACAUUUACAGAGUCUUUGUUGAUAUCGUGAAUGGAGAAUAUGUCCCUCGUAAGUCCAUCCUGAAGUCUCGCAGUAGAGAGAACAGUGUUUGCAGUGAUACCAGUGAAAGCAGUGCUGCUGACUUUGAUGAUAGACGGGGAGUCUUGAGGAGCAUUAGCUGUGAAGAGGCCACUUGUAGUGAUGCUAAUGAGAGCAUUUUGGACGAGGAACAACAAGAAAAUCAUCAAAAGAAACUUUUUCCUUUAUCAGUAACACCUGAGGCUUUUUCUGGAACUGUAAUAGAAAAAGAAUUUUUGUCACCUUCCUUAACACCACACCCAGCCAUGGCUCAUCCUGUGCUACCCACCAUUCCAGAACGAAAAGAAGUUCUGUCAGAAGUAUCAGAAGGAACUACAAGGAGGGUUUCAAAGUUCAAAGCUGCCAGAUUGCAGCAGAAAAACUAGGGCCUGCCUAGCAAAUGGGAGUUUACAUCCUAAAACCUAGUUUUGCAAUUGUUUAGAAUAAAUAUAGCAAAAUAUGUUACAUGUAAUUUGAAAUAAGCCAUCCUGAGUUAAUUUGACAGCAAGUUCUCUUACUGUUAUCAAUGGUGUUAAAAAGAAAUCAAAGUAAAUAUUUAAAUACUUUAAUAUUCAGCUUGUUUCGUUAAUUCUCUGAAUACUGUCAGCACUCUUGUUUAAGUUUGCCUUAUGAAGUAGUGGCAGCAUUUUGAAUUAUUUUUCAAAGAAUACUGUUCAUAUGCAUUGUUUUUGUGUUUUGAACUAAAUACUGGCAGUUUUGUACCAGCUGUGAUAUUGUGCAUACCAUAUGGACCAUUUUAAAGAAACUUUUAAAAUUUCAAGUAGAUUCAACAAUUAUAUUACUUGCUUUAGCAUUUUAAAGGCACUUUAAAAAAAUCUACUUCUUGUAGGUUUUGCAGCUAGGUGGCUAUUUAAAAAAUCUCUCCCUCUUUGACUGUCAUUCUGUAAUCUCUAAGACAGAAAGCUGCAUGUACCCAAGGGAAAGUUUCUUUGAUUGGAAUAAUGGUAUUUUGUAAAUUUUUUUUAAGUAAAAAUUUUAUGAAACUUGGUCUCUAAAAUGUUGUGAACUUUAUGAUUCAGAAUCAAAUAUAGAAAAGUCUUUGAUUCAUAUAUAUGUUACAUGCACCACACAAUGGAUCCUUGAAUUCUUAUAAUUCCAUAGGCAGUUCUUCCCUAGUGUGUGCAGUUUUAACUGGCAUUAUAUUUUGGGAGAGAAGGAAAGGUUGUCUAGAUGAUAAAAAUAAGUAAAUAGAUAAAUAAAUAAAAUUUUAAAAUAAGAAAUUGUAUGUUUUAAUCUCCCAGACAUUUUCGUUCUUAACGGUUACUUUCCUAGUAGUAAAUGAUUGAAAAACAUAAUUUACUUUUGGUAGAACUCCUUAAAAUAAAGAGAAAUUUAUCCUAACAUUGAAAAUUACACUGCAAGUGUUAAUCAUUAGCUUGAUGCAUGCUAAAAUGUAGCUUUUAAAAAGAAUUCUGCAUUAGUACUAAAAUAAGCCAUCAAGGCCAGUCCACCCUCCUCUGUUCAUGGCUAAAUAUUUAAAGGUUAUUUAUAGCUUCUUUAAUGAAUUCUUGCUUAAACAAAGUGAAAUUAUGUCCUAGAAAAGUAGAACCUAUCUGUAACUAGAACAGCACAACUGUAAAAGUUUUAUGAAUAUGUAUUUUAAUAAUAAGGGGGUGAGCCUGAAUCCCCACAAGUUAAUGGAUAAUUCAGAUCAGAACAGAGGACUGAUUUUAAAAGAUUGCCUAAAAAUGUAGAAGAUUUGUUCUUUAGCAAAUUUUGAUCAACUGUGCAUGUAUUUUUAGUUAAAAACUUUUUCUCUCAGCCAAUCCCCCACAAAAAAGAAAACAACCAAGAGUACAAUCACAUACACACAAAGGAGCCCCCAACUCCAACUGCUUGUCAAGUGAGCCUUUCUGUGUUAGAUUUUCCCCCAGAAACAAACUUCACUGUGGGAUUAUUCUGGUGUUCUUUACAGACAUAUAAUUUCAAGAGUAUUGUCAUUAAAUAAUUUCUCAUGUUCUUCAACUUCAUCUUGAGCCUGUUGUUGUUUAUGUAGUUUAUGUUUCUUCUUGCAAAUAAGAUGUUCCCUCAUGGAACAAGAUGGUAGUAGGAACAAAGAAGUAUUAGAUUUUCUGCUGAAGACCAAAUGAAGUAGUGUUGCCCCACUUCAUAGCUUCAGUCUUAAAACAAAGUUUCAAAUUGUAACUUAACCUUAUAGCUUUAUUUUUCAUAUUAAAUUCAGUAUUCAACAUGAUAAAAUGAAGUUGGUCUUAAGUGUUCUCUUUUAAAUUGUAAACAGAACAGACUGAAUUUCUUUUAACUUUUAAUUUUGAACUAAUUUUAGACCUACAGAAAAAUUGCAAAAAAUAGAGUUCCCAUAUAUCCCCUCAUCCAGCUUCUCCUAAAAUUAUAACAUCUUGUAUGAACAUAACACAAUUAUUAAAACCAGGAAAUUCACUUUGGUGCAAUGCUAUUAACUAAUCUAUAGAUCUUAUUUGAAUUUCACCAACUUUCUACUAGGCGUUCUUUUCUGUUCCAAGAUCCUAUAUAGGAUCCCACUUUGCAUUUAUUUGUUAUUGCUCCUUAGUCUUCUCCAAUCACUGGCAGUUCUUCAGUUUUUCCUUAUCUUUCAUGACUUUGGUAUUUUUGAAGAGUACUGGUCAGGUAUUUUGUAUGAUGUUCCUCAAUUUGGGUUUGUCCAGUACACUCACAUGAUUAGAAUGAGGUUUUGCAUUUUUGGCAAGACUACCACAGAAAUAGAUAAUAUCAAGAGGUUCAGAUCAGAGAUGCGUUCUAGUGAGUCAUUUCAGGAGGUCCUUAAUUUCGCGACCUGCAUCACUUUAACCUUGAUCACUUGGUUAAGGGGAUGUCUGCCAGGUUUCUCCACUGUAAAGUUACUGUCUUUUUCUUUGUAGUUAAUUAAAUAUCUUGGAGGAGAUACUUUGCAAUUUACAGAUUUCUUUUUCUCCUCAAGCCCGCUAAUUUUUGCAUUCAUUUGUGGAUCUUGUCUGCAACAGUUAUUACUGUGGUAUUUGCCUAAUAGUGAUUUUCUGUUUUGCCCUUUCUUUCUACAUUUAUUUCUUGGACUCUUUUGUAAUGAAAAUCUGUGUCAUUACCCUCCCACCACGCCUGCCCCCUGUUUAUUAAUUUGUAUCUGUACGGACUUGGAUAUUCUGUGGGUCAAAAUCCAAUUAUCAUUAUUUUGUUUAUUCAAAUUGUUCUACCUUUGACGUUUAGGAACUCCUUUGAGUUGGCUCCUGAAUUCUUUCAACAAGUCUUCGUCUUUUUUGAACACUUUCUUUCUGACACCAUAAAAUGUUAUAGGUGUAUCUUAUAUUUUUCCCACUCCAGGCUUGGAACCAGUAACCACUUCUCCAAGGAGCCCUUGAUCCUUUAAAUGGAGAAUGGUGUUUAAAAACCAACAUCUUCUCAUGUAGGUGUGUGUAUUGCCAUUUUGGUGUCAUUGCUUCUAGGCCCUUUUAGUAGGUAGGGCUAGGAAAUUAUGUAUACUAACUGAUGCACAUAUCUAUGUAUAUUUGUUUGCUUAUGUACAUUAAAAAAUGGAAGUGUACACUGAUACUUGAUUCUAAUCUAACACCACAGGAUUCGUUUCAGUUUUUCCUUAUUUAUGACAUCUUUCUUCAAUAGUGAGAAAUGUGGCUCUUAUUGUAUACAAUGUAUUUACUUAUUUUUAAAAUAUCUAGUGCAGUUGACCCUUGAGCAGCUCUGAGGUUGGGGCACUGACUCUCCUCACAGUUGAAAGUUGGCAUAUAACUGUACAGCUGUCCCUCUGUAUCCAUGGUUCUGUAUCCGUGCAUCAUAUAGUACUGUAGUACAUAUCUAGUAAAAAAAAAUACCCACAUAUAAGUGGACAGGCACAUUUCACACCCAUGUUGUUCAAAGGUCAGCUGUUGACACACAGAAGUAGUUUUAGAGUGCUAAUCCUAACCCCCCGGAGAGACACAUUUAUUAAGUAUAUUGCACUAUUUAUGUUCAGUUCUUUUUUUCCUUCAGCUUUAUCAAUCAAAAGUUCUUUUUCUUUCCCACUCCUUCAUUGUGAUUGUUAUUCAUUUAUAAUAGAGUUAGGUUCAUUUGUUAGUGUUUGUGCUCCAUUGGAUUCUCUCCACAUUGUGGCUGGGUUUAAUGGUUUAUUUGGGGUGUGUGUGAAGGGUAUAUGAAACAUUAAUGUGGUUCUAAGAGUCACAGCUAUGUAAAAAGAUAAGCAGAAGAUAAACACUCCUCCCUCAUUCCUGCUGCCCAUUCUCAUUUCUGUCGUCUUUCUGUCACUUCCUCAUCUACCCAUUGUUAGUAACCAAUCUAUUUUCUGGUUUAACCUUUUUGUAUUUCUUUUGCACAAAUAGAUACAUAUAUAUUUUCUUUUUUUUCUUUCUUACAUGAAGGAUAACAUAUGUAACUUCUCCCUUCCACUUUAAUGUGUUUAAUAGUAUGCCCUGGUAAUCACUCUAUGCCUGUUUACAGAGAGCUUCCCCCUUUUUUUUUAACAGAGGUAUACCACGUUUUUUGUGUAGAUGUAGCAUAGUGUAUCCAGCCACUUUGCUGUGUAUGGACAUUUAGGUUUCUGAGUAAUUUUGCAAUUACAAAUGAUGCAAUGAGUAACUUUGAUGUGUAUGUAUUUUUGUGUCAUUGGAAGUAUCUUCCGGGUAGAUUCCUAGAAGUAGGAUUAAUGGGCUAUCUUUACUGUAUGAUUUCUUUUAUACAUGAUAAAGUCUGUUUUUAACAGUAUUUGUUUUCUUAUCAAGGAUGUGGUUUUAACACAUUUGCUUGCAUAUCUACAUUUUAUUGAUGAUUCCUUGAUAAUAACUUUGGGACACUAUAGUGUCCUAAAUGGACUUAAAGUGUUUAUAGUGAUUAUACUCAUUUUGCUAUAUUUUUAUUUGGGGGGGGGAAACGGGUCAUGCAAGUGAUUUAUAAGAGUUUUCCAUAAAUCGGAAUAAUUUCCAAUUUUAUAAAAUACAGAUACCUCAUUCUAUUAGAUUUAUUUUUCUCCUCCAUAAGAAAUAGCUUUUCAAGGAUGCUAAUCUUUUUCUGUGUAUCCUUUUGGUGAGUGGCAUAUAGGCUCUCGAUUAAAUGCCUGUUAAAUGAAUUGCUCAACUACAAUAAAUAUUUAUGGUUUUAUGUUUAAUCCAUUGGUCGAUAUUGUUCAGUUUCUACAUUUUAAAAUGCUUUUUCAGUUAUUUAAAUUUCAUUUUAAAGGAACAUCAUUUAGGAUAUGAAGUUUUUGCAGUUCCGUUAAUAACAAUGAAUCAUAAAGAAUCAAUAUUUUUGAUCACUUACUUUGUGUCAAGCAUUUUCUAUAUACUUUAUGUGGAUUAUUUCAUUUAAUAAAGCAAUCCAGCGAGGUAGGCACUAUUUUUCAAUCCCUUUCCCGCAUUUUAGAGAUAAGGAAACUAACUCUGAUUAAGCAAUGUUUUAAGCUACACAACUAUUAAAUGGUGGAAUUGGGGUUAAAAACCCAGGCAGCCUUGCUCCAGAAUC